GCUAAUGCUAAGCAUAGCUUGCUAUGUUUUCAUAGUCGAUCGCUUCCGGACAGCUACAGCUACAGCGUUAGAAGUAACCACCUGUUCGCAUUGAGUAAAGCAUAUAAAACGAUCAGUCUACUAGUUCGCUUUGCUGUAAAACAAAGCAGGCAAGCUAAUUUAUGCGCUACUUGUCACUUCUUGCGUUAUUUUCCUGCAAUGUUCAAAGCAAAAAUCCUUCUCAUUGGACCCACUGAGAGUGGGAAAACGGUCCUCGCAAAUUUCCUCUCCGACACAACGGAAACGGUGGGAGGUGAAUACAGUCCCACACAAGGAGUCAGGAUCCUGGAAUUUGAAUCCCAAAAUCAAGGCAGCGGUGACAAAUCAACAUGUGAUGUGGAGCUGUGGGACUGCGCAGGGGACUUCAAAUUUGAGUCAUGCUGGCCGGCGUUAAUGAAGGACUCCAACGGUGUGGUGAUCGUCUUCAACCCGGACGUCCCCAGCCACCUGAAAGAGAUCGAGACAUGGCACGCCAUGUUCAUCGCCCCCCAGGGCCUGCAGGACGCCCAGUGCCUGCUGAUAUCACACCACAAGCCUGGCAGUGGAGACAGCGAUGAUCGCCUCCCUCUGGCCGCCCAUCUGAGCAGACUGCCCCUCAUCCACUCUAACCUGGAGGACGAGCCUGAGGAGGUGAGGCAAGCGUUCCACAGAUACCUGGGAAACAUUGUGACCACGCUGUCCGAAAGUAGAGAGCGGGAGGAGAUGUCUAUCAUUACGUAGCCGUCCACCUUAAUGUUAAUAUUGCUGGUCAGCUAUGUGUCUUUGCCUCUAAUUCAUGAAUAGUUGUAAAGGUUACAGCCUAUUUGAUUUGUUGAUCAAAGUAAAGCUUUGUUUAUGUUAUUGUUUUUAUGUUUUAUUACAUUGGUAUAAGUUAAAAUGCUCAUCUACUCUUAAAUGCAAAGGUUGUUAGCGCCUUGUGAGUACAUUUUAUCGACGGAGACAACUGUAUAUUGUAAAAUCUAUGGAUGAAAUGAAAAUCAGUUGAUUGGAAUUUUUCUGUCAAGCAAAGUAGCAUAUAAUGUUCUGAAGAAAAUAAACCAUUCACAUUUCAUACUUCAUGUCUAAUUUACCUCCUUUGCAUCAAAGCAUUUCAUAUAAUUUUUGAAUUAAAUAGAAUUCUAUUUAAUCAACCAUUACCUCAAUUCUCUUGGUAACACAUCUUGCAUGCUGACAGUGUCUUUCAAUAUCUUUCAAAGUAUUAAAAACAAGAUGAAGUGAAGUUAUUCUGUUUCCCAAAACACACAAUUUAAAACCCUAACAUUAUCAGAAACGGAUCACAAAGAUGCACUUGAACAGCUUUUUGGGAAUGUCUUAAUCUGCCAAAUGGAUCUAGUCACAAAAGACAUCAAAGAUGGAGACUGACUUGAGGGGUUGCAAAAUGGACAAAGUGUUGUCAAUUUAAAAACAUUCAUGCAGCUCUGUGUUUAGAUAUCAAUGGGAUCUUACCUUUGCAUUUCCACAAGGUAAAUGGCAUGAAAUUAUAAUUUACAAGCGGGCUCAACGAUGAAGCGGGCUUCAUCGUUUAAUGCUCACGCUACUUGUGUUUUUCUUAUACUUUUACUUUCUCUUAUAUUGCACUGUUAGAGGAGCCCAAGACUAAAGAAUUUCAUUGCCAGUGACUGCUCUGUAAUUGUUGUGCAUAUGAAAAUAAAAACAUCUUGAAUCUUGAA